AUGAAUCCUGGUGAAAGACACCAAGAAAAUUUUGACAAAAAGACACUUAGCCAGUUUGAGAUUGAAGAACAAGUCCAGGACUUGUUACCCAAAGAACUAGUAAACGACUACAAGAAGAACCGGCAUGUACCACAUAUACCUGAAGAACAGAGACUCAAGAACACUCCUGCACGAGAACAAAAGUGGUCCAAACUUGCAAAAAAACUUGCCGCAACAUUAACAGGAAAAAAUAAAGAACUAGAAGAGAUGGCCCCACAAACUGCCACCGUAACCGCUGAAGCAAUCACAGCCACUGUUGCAGAAGCAAUGAAAGCAAUCACAGCACAACAGGAGUCCCGUGCCGAACGAAUCAAGCAGCCUGAUUGUUUCCGAGGUGAGCACUCUGCCGCAGUAGUAGAUGGCUGGCUGCGCGCAGUUGAGCAUUACACCAAGUACAACAAUUUCGCCCUGACCAAAGCCUGCAACUUCGCAGUAAAUCUUUUGUGCGAUAGAGCUGACACAUGGUGGAGAUGCACGGAACUCAAAACAGACCAUCCCACUACUUGGAUCGAAUUUAAAGCAGCUCUCACCAGAGAAUUCUGCCCAGUUUAUUCCCUCCAGACCUCUAGAGAUCGACUAGCAUGA